AUGGCAAGUUAUCGAGCGGGUAAGUCCACUGUCGAUGGGAGGUAUAGAAUUAUCCCGUCAGACUCAACGUUCAUAGUGUAUUUAACCCCCGACGGAACCCAGUUGUGGGAUGUUGCUAUAGCGGAGUUUGCCUGGCUCGAUGAGCUUGAUGUUAGUCCGAGCGAUUGGGAUCCUGAGAAAUGUGGCCCUUGGUAUGUUAUGGCACAGAGCCAUGAGGCUUUCUUGUUUCAUGAGGCUUGUUGGUCCCUCUUGAUCAAGCAUUUUGAAGACGAAGAAGUCAAUUUAGAUAGGCUUUUCGAAGUCUGCAGGAAUAUCCCUGGCUCAGGAAGAGAUGUCGGAGCUCUACAUAAAGGAGGCAGCAGAGAAUAUUCAUGGCAUCCACUAGAGCGACCUAUUAUCCGGGGGAUUGGAGACGCCACGAAAGAACUUCCGAAAAUAAAACGUGGAAAUACAGACUCUAGCAACAACCCCACUUUUGGGACUGACUGCUUCGGCUUACUCGCGAUGGAGAUACGACUUGAAAUCGCAUCUUACCUUCCUACUGUCGAUUUCUUCAGCCUUCGAUAUGCCUCCCGAGUGAUGGCACUUCCUUUUCAACUCCAGUCACCCUGGAAGACGAGAUUCCGAGUAAACGGAGGCCGUGGGUUUCUAGCCUGUCUAGUCGAGGCGCCCCAAAGCCGUAAAAGAACUAACUGGCGAUUGAUCCACCAUUGUACGGCAAGGAUCAACCAAGCACUUCUUCACUCUGGUCCUUACGCCGACUUUGAAGGAACAAUCAAUGGCUAG